UGUUUUAUGAUUUAUUUUGCAGUGGUAAAACAAUUGAGCUUGAUGAUGUUACUUUUCAUCAAUGUGUAAAUUUGACGAGGUUUAACUCAGAGAAGACAGUCAGCUUUGUACCACCCGAUGGGGAAUUUGAAUUGAUGAAAUAUCGUAUUACUGAGGGUGUUAAUCUUCCAUUUCGAGUACUCCCAACAAUUAAGGAGCUUGGUAGGACACGUAUGGAAGUUAAUGUUAAGGUGAAGAGUGUCUUUGGUGCAAAAAUGUUUGCUCUUGGCGUGGUCAUUAAAGUUCCUGUUCCAAAACAGACAGCUAAAACUAAUUUUCAAGUGACAUCGGGUCGAGCCAAGUACAAUGCCUCUAUUGAUUGCAUUGUGUGGAAGAUCAGAAAAUUUCCUGGACAAACAGAACCAACCAUGAGUGCAGAAAUUGAGCUGAUUUCUACAGUGACGGAAAGGAAACCUUGGACACGGCCACCAAUUCAGAUGGAGUUUCAGGUUCCCAUGUUCACCGCAUCUGGUUUACGUGUCCGUUUCCUUAAGGUGUGGGAGAAGAGUGGUUACAACACAGUUGAAUGGGUUCGUUACAUAACUAAAGCUGGAUCAUACGAGAUCCGGUGUUAGAAUUACAAAGAUCUAGCCACGAAGUAUAAAGAACGAAAAGAAAUUGAUUGGAUGGACAUAGAAUGACCAAAACAUUCUCGUCGACACCAUCGUUAUUCAAGACAAUUAAGAGAAGGUUCAUGGAGAGAGUGGGGGUGGUUUUUGAUGGAUCAUUGGAGCAUGUUAGUUGCUUUUGUUUUUGUUGUCCUACACCUUUGAGCAUAGCUAUUUGAUGUUUAUACUGUUAGAGCAUAUGUAAGCCAAACUUCUAUAUUCUUUUCUCCCUCCUUUCUGCUUAUUUUUUCGUCAUUAGAGAAACGAGAUCAUUCCUUGUGGCUGCCUUUCUGUUGUAAUCAAGGCCUUGUAGUGAACACUCUUUGUUGGAUGAAUUUCUUUGAUUGCUGGUUUGUGAUCGACCUUGUGAAUUUUAUGAUAAUACUUCUUUCAAGAUAA